CACACACACUCUCUGUAGAGGAUAAAUAUGGCUGUUUGUUGACCUCCUUGAGCUAAUUUGGUGUCAAUAAUUACACAGGGGGAUUGUUUUAGUUAAAACAUUCAUGGUGUAAUCAUGAGCAGUUUCAGGUUGAUGCUGACGCGGUGCGGUUACAGCCGCAUGAUCAUUCGGAUUAACGCACAAACGGUCCAUCCUACAAGAAAUCUUUUCUACAAGUCACAACCGGACCUCCUUAAACAUGAGCAUGUUAAAUUUGCAAUCAAGCGUCAACAGUUCAAAUCUACUGCUGUACAGGAAGAACAAAGUGAAGAUUCCAUGCUGAAAUGGUUUCUGUUGUUGAUCCCCCUCACAGCUUUUGGGCUUGGGACCUGGCAGGUAAAACGAAGGCAGUGGAAGCUGAAGCUGAUCAAUGAUCUUCAUGUAUUGACGACUGCAGAUCCAAUCCCACUGCCCACAGAUCCUGUAGAGUUGAAGGGUCUGGAGUAUCGGCGUGUGAAGGUCCGUGGGCGGUUCGAUCACUCUCGGGAGUUGUACAUGCUGCCUCGCUCGCUAGUGGAUCCUGAGAGAGAAGCCCGAGAAGCAGGCAGGCUAUCAUCCAGUGCAGAAAUGGGCGCCAAUGUCAUUACACCAUUCCACUGUACUGAUCUUGGGAUUACCAUCUUGGUGAACCGAGGUUAUGUUCCCAAAAAUAGAAUUAACCCAGAAACAAGGAUGAAGGGGCAGGUGACAGAUGAAGUGGACCUGGUGGGAGUGGUGCGUUUGACAGAGCAGCGCAAGCCAUUCAUCCCUAAGAACGACGUGGGGGCGAAUCGGUGGCACUACCGUGACUUGGAGGCCAUGGCAAAAGCAACCGAUGCUGAGGCGAUCUUAAUUGAUGCUGUGAUGGAGAGUACAAUACCAGGAGGACCGAUAGGAGGCCAAACAAGAGUAACACUGCGCAAUGAACACAUGCAGUACAUCAUUACAUGGUAUGGACUAUGCGCUGUUACUUCCUACAUGUGGUAUGCAAAAUUCAUUAAACGCCUUAACAUAUAAAACCAAGCAAUGUAUGUACAAACCAUGGUGUAAAAACAUUAAAAUGUAUUUUAAAGUUUUCCACAUUACCUGUACGAACCAAAUGUUUGCCUCUUUUUUUUUUAACUCCUGACUGUACUCUACUUUUUCUUUUGUAAAUUCUGUAAAAGUUAACACCUUUUGGA